ACGAUCCAUCCAUUCCAUCCCGCCCUUACAAAUUCCUCCUCCGGUCAAUGACCAGAGUCAAUUUAACAAUUCUGAGCGCUUUGUCAUCCUUCGGUGAGAGACGAAAGAGAGAAGAGAGAGAGAGAAUUAUUAAAGACCACUGACCGUGAUUGACUUGCUUUCACUGUUUCUGCCUUCUCCGAGAAGUUCAUACCUGCGUGUUUUCGUUAAAAAGCUCAGAUUUUUAGCGUUCAAUCCGACUCCAUUGUCUCCGUCUGGACACUACUCUGAAAAAGUUCAUUCUUGACGCCUUCAUUUUGUCUGAUCAACGGAUCUCUUGUAGUGUCAAAAGUUUGGUCGCCAAUGGGAACUAUCGGAGAGUAUAACCAAUGUGCAAGUGAUUAUGAACCAGAUGAAGAGGGGCCGGUACUUAUAUCAGAUCCAUUUCCUUUGAUAGAUGAGAAGCCUCAACAUGUUCUCGUAGGAGAAACUUCCAAGUGUUCAAUUACCAUACAGAAUACCAGUAGUGACCAGGUGGAACUUUGGGGGAUCAGGAUUUUCUCGUCGAAUCCUGCAGACUCGUUUAUGUUGUCUCUCCUGGAACCCCCAUCUCUCAAUUCAGACGACAGACAUGUUCGAGCAUUUCGUCAAGGUUCUGAAUUGCAGGAUAGAGUAUUGCAAUCACAUCAGACUCUAACUAUUUGGUUAUCCUGCAAGCCGAAGGAUAUGGGCUUGCAGCAAGCCAUCGUCCAUUUUGAUGUGGAGGAUGCUAGGAUUGAACGCGUAGUCUUUUUAUUGGCUGAGGACAAGAUCUCUCAGUCUCUGGCUCCAAAUGGGUCAUACUCAAGAACUCCAAGAAGGAGACAAUUCAACAUGGAAAACUGUGAGUUUGCGGUCCCGUCGCGUCCUGCGAGGGGAAAAACCCAAAGAUCUAGGUCUCACGUGCUUCCGGAGUACCCCAUCCCGAAGAAGUUCAGGGAGUUGUUUAUGAAUAACCGGGUCCCUGAUGUUCUUGAUGAAGGUUUGACAACUGAGAACUACUCAGCUUACUUCAAUGCAUUAGUUAUUAUUGAAGAGCUACACUUGGAGAAAGAAAUGAGGUGCCAUAACAUGGAGUGUGUCCAAAUGACAAGGAAGCGCGCUGGUCUUCUAUCUUUGGUGGUUCCUGGGCUUGCAGAGAAGAGGCCUUCAGUUUUACAAGGGGAUGUUGUCUUGGUGAAGCUUGCCUAUAAAGUUGCGGAUCGUACUAUUCCCUAUGAGGGCUACAUUCAACGCGUCGAAGCUGAUGAAGUGCUCUUAAGAUUUGCGGAUGAAUUUCAUGACCGUCAUCUUAACAAAAACUUUUACAGUGUUCAAUUCGCUUGUAGCCGGGUAAACAUGAGGCGGUUGUAUCAAGCCAUUGAAGCUGCGGCACUUCUAGGAAAUGAAAUUCUGUUUCCAACAGUUUCAACUGGCAGAGGGUUGAUUGAAGGAGCACACUUUGUGCCUUUUAUGUCUAAUUUGAACGAGGAGCAACGGCGUUGCAUUCAGAUGAUUCUUGGUUGCAAAGGCGCUCCUCCCUAUGUGAUUUUCGGGCCUCCAGGAACCGGUAAAACAAUGACCUUGGUCGAAGCGAUUUUACAGGUAUACAAAACGCGGAGAAGUUCAAGGGUUCUUAUUUGUGCUGCUUCCAACAGCGCUGCAGAUCACAUACUGGAAAAACUAAUCAGAAAUGAGGUUGCCCAAGUCAAAGAGAGCGAGAUCUUCCGGCUGAAUGCUACCAGUCGUCCUUACCACGAUCUUCAGGCCGAACAUAUCCGCUAUUGCUAUUUUGUGGAGUCUGUCUUCAGAUGUCCUCCUCUUGAGGCUUUAAUGCGCUAUAGGAUCAUCAUAUGUACUUAUACAAGCUCAUCCCUUCUUCGUGCAGAAGGCGUAGAACGUAAUCACUUUUCCCAUAUUUUUUUGGAUGAGGCUGCGCAAGCUUCAGAGCCUGAAUGCAUGGUUCCCAUUGCCAACCUUUGUCAGAAAGAAACGGUGGUUGUUUUAGCUGGAGAUCCGAAGCAACUAGGCCCCGUUAUACUUUCCAAAGAUGCCGAGGCUCGUGGAUUGGGAAAAUCUUUCCUAGAGAGGCUCUUUGAACACGAAAUCUACCUGAAUAAGGACAUCGGAUUUGUGACAAAACUGGUGAGAAACUACCGGUGCCACCCUGCCAUUUUAGAUCUUCCAUCAAAGCUCUUCUAUGAAGGGAAAUUAUUAGCAUGCAAAGAAAACUCCUCUUCUGUGAUCCCAUCUUCCGAUCUGCUACCAAACAAGGAGUUCCCCGUUCUGUUUAUUGGCAUACAAGGCUGUGAUGAGAGAGAGGGUAAUAACCCGUCAUGGUUCAAUCGAAUCGAAGCGAGUAAAGUUGUUGAUUUCAUCCAAAAGUUGAGAGAAAGUUUGAGUAUGAGCGAAGCCGACAUUGGGGUGAUAACACCAUAUCAGCAGCAAGUGGUGAAAAUCAAGAAGGUGCUCGAAACGUACGAUAUGACAGGUGUCAAGGUGGGGAGUGUCGAACAGUUUCAGGGUCAAGAGAGAGAGGUCAUCAUAGUUUCCACUGUCCGAUCGACACUGAAGCAUACUGAGUUUGACAGAGCUCAUUGUCUUGGAUUUUUAAGCAACCCAAGGAGAUUCAAUGUCGCAGUAACCCGUGCCCGGUCUCUGCUUGUCAUCAUCGGGAACCCUCACGUUGUGAGCAAGGACCCGCAUUGGGAAAAGCUUUUGCAGUAUUGCGUCGACAAUAAUUCCUACCAAGGCUGUCCUCUCCCCGAAGGAGCGGAUGAUGACGACGACGACGAGUCUUUCGUUGGGCAGAAACCUAGCGACGAAUGUUGAAGAACUCUCAUAUUUCAGGACCUGUAGCCUUUUGCUUGCACCAUAUGUUAAAUAUUUCUCUCCAUGUACUUCUGAUUGGUUAAACAACAAGUUCAUCUUUUGUGUUGUUACUUCCAAUUUGGCCCCGGACCAUGCUUCCUUAUGGGGUUGAUAAAUUCAAGAAUGUCGACUUUCAGUAAUUUAAAUUCGAUCUAGUUUCUGCACUUACUGGUUGAAGGUCAUGUCUUUUAUCUGA